AUAGCUUUCUCUAAGGUUAUUAGAGCACUGAGCACCUUUAAGGAGUGCAGAAAUCUUUGAAAGGAGGAGUUGGAGGAAAAGGACACCGUUCCUUUUAGAGUCUGUGUAACAGAACUGAUAAGCUAUUCCUGUGAUGUGAUCGAAUGUGACUGAAUACUGCAGGCUCUUGGACUCUUAUUCUAUAAAAUCCACAUCAGAGCAGCACAGGAAAACAUUGGAGGGAACAGCUUCUGCUGUACUCAGAAAGAUGCUGGAGAGCUCUUCAGUCCUUUUGUUCAUUGUCCUGCUUUUCAUUCUCCUGUUCUUUGUGGUGCUCAUCAGGAGAAACCCCAUCAUAGCCCUUCUCUGGAAUGAAAUAAUCCGGGAGAAAAUAAUCAAUUUCGUCAUGAAUCAGAGCAAAGAACAGAGGAUUUUAAAUUUUGUGCUGCAGAAUGCAGUCCGAGGAGACCCCUGUAGCGUGCUGGAUACUAUAGAUAAGUACUGUUCCCAGAAAGAGUGGGCCAUGAAUGUGGGCCAUGAGAAAGGUUUAAUUCUAGACAAGACAGUGGAAGAGGUCAAUCCAUCAGUUGCACUGGAGCUGGGAACAUACUGUGGCUACUCAGCAGUUCGGAUUGGUCGGCUACUGAAGGCAGGAGCUCGUCUUCUCACUGUGGAGUUCAACCCAGAAUUUGCUGCUAUAGCUAAACAGAUGAUUGAGUUUGCUGGAGUACAAGAUAAGGUUAAAAUCCUGGAAGGCCCUUCCGAGGAAAUUAUUCCCCAGCUGAAGAAAAAAUUUGAAGUGGAUACAGUGGAUUUUGUCUUCCUGGACCAUUGGAAAGACAGAUACACACCAGACACCAUCCUGAUUCAGGAAUGCAACUUGCUGAGGAAGGGCUCGGUUUUCCUGGCUGACAAUGUCAUCGUCCCAGGAGCUCCAGAAUUCCUUAACUAUAUCCGCAACAAUCCCCGUUUCCAAUGCACUAACUACCCAUCUCAUCUGGAAUAUAUGAAAGUGGAGGAUGCUAUGGAAAAGGCUGUGUUUUUGGGAUAAAGAGAGUCGUUAAUACUCAACCUUUGUUUCAAAUGACAUAAAUGCAACUGCACAG